AUGGCUCAGAUUUCUAACAUCUCAAAACAGCUGCAGCUGAAGUGUUCGGGUGAAAGGUUCUAUGAGCUCUUUAAGAACAAAAUGGACUCUAUUACUCAAAUGUUUCCAAAAAAACUUUUGAGCUACAAAAUUGUGGAAGGUAAUGGUUUCGCUCAUGGCAGCGUCGUCCACUGGAAAUACGAGCUUCGGGGCACACUAGAGGCAAAGCAAAAGCUACAUAUGGAUGACACAAACAAAGCAAUAACUCUUGAAUUUAUUGAAGGAGAUUUGUUUAAAGACUUCGAGAUGGUAGCCGUGAAGGGUGAAGUUAGUGAUGGUGGGAGCAAUGGCAUCAGCUCAGUUAAAUGGUCAGUGGAAUUUGUGAAGGCAAAUGAAGGUGUUGCUCCACCACAUAACUAUCUCCAAUUUGCACUUGAAUCCACCAAAGGAAUUGAAGCUUACCUUUGCAAUAAUAAUUGAUAAUGAACAUCAACUAUGGUUUGGUGUAAUUGAUAUAUAUCUAAA